AUGGCCCUGAAUCGCUCCGGCAGAGGCAUCCGGUUGCCCGGUCUUCUCCUGAUAAUCCUCCUCUUCGGCGGGUGCAAGCCGAUGCAUUUUCCAUUUCCAGGCCCGGAACCGUGGCCGACGCACUUUGGUUGGGAACCACGCAGGUCCGAGCUCGACGCCAUCUUCGGCCCCCCUGCUUCAUCGGCGGCCACGGCGACUGAACACGCUGAUCACCAUCAGUCAUUCUUGGGCGAUGAUUUCCACCCCAUCGACCUUCCAGCCGGGCCACCAGCCAAUAGCUAUUCCCAGGCUCAUGGGCUGGACAUGUCGUUUGCCCCCGGCGAGCUAUCGCAACCCGAUUUCGGGCGCACACGCGGCAACGACCACCUGGAACACCUUCUCAGAGACGGAACACCGCGCCCGGAUAGCCUCCUGGCAGCAUGGGCUUCACAGGUACCUUCUCAUAGCCAUGCAAUCGCAGGCCCUGGUCCUUCAGACGCGCCCUUCGUCUCGAACUAUAUCUCGGCCAACCAUUUACACCCUUACGGCCUUCCAGCCUGGCCAUCGACUAGCCACAUCUAUCCUUCACCAGAUUAUCCUGCUCCAACUGCUGCUGGAACACGUCCCGCUCACUCUCAGGCUCAUGGGCUGGACAUGUCGUUUGCCCCCGACGAGCUAUCUCGACCCGAUUUCGGGCGCACACACGGCAACGAUUACCUGGAACACCUUCUCAGAGACGGAACACCACGCCCGGAUAGCCUCGUGGCAGCAUGGGCUUCACAGGUACCUUCCCAUAGCCAUGCAAUCGCAGGCGCUGGUCCUUCAGACGCGCCCUUCGUCUCGAACUAUAUCUCGGCCAACCAUUUACACCCUUACGGCCUUCCAGCCGGGCCAUCGACUAGCCACAACUAUCCCCUACAAGAUCAUCACCCUGCCCCAACUGCUGCUGGAACACGUCCCGCGCACUCUCAGGCUCAUGGGCUGGACAUGUCGUUUGCCUCCGAAAAUGUAUAUCAACCCGAGUUUGGGGGCACAGAGCACAAUGAUUUCUUCGAACAGCUUCUCACAGAUGAAACAGCAGAUCCAGAUGGCUUCGCAGCGGCAAGGGCUUCACAGGCAACUUCUCAUAGUCCACAGGCACCUUCUCAUAGCCCUACGAUCGCAGACACUGAUCCUUCUCACGAGCCCGCCGCGUCGGAUUAUACCUCCUCGCUCUCCCCGGGCACAACCUCCGGACGGAAGCGAAGACCUUUUUAUGAGCUCAUGCAAACAGGGAGAAUUGUCAAAGCUCAGACUCGUCGUCCUGUCCCCCAGAGGAACCUACAGGACGCCCUGAUCAGCUUGUUUUCCUCAACCACGGCCCACGCGGACUCGGUCGUUCGGGAACCAGAAGGCCAACUGACAUCACUUCCGCAGGAAAUAACAUUGGCUCAGCCGGGAAGACUAGUGUUUGAUUCGACUCUCUUUGCCCCUAAUGAACCUUCGGACCCCUUCGAACAGAGGGAAAACGAUCCACUGCAGGAAGGGGCCAGAAAGCUCCCAAAAUGCCUACUGGUCAUCCAUGAGGAUCAAUUCUCAACGUCCUAUCACAACUUUCUCCAGCGUUAUAAGAACCGCCGCGGGGACCUAAUCGUGUACGAUCCAAAUGCCAGAAGGGAUAAAUUGGCAAUCAAACUACGCGAGUUUAGGGAUCAUGAGGAGCAUUGGUAUCGACGCUGGUUUCAGGAAAGUGGGAUAGACUUCUUGGAAAAUCCCUACCUUAACUAUUACGAUGGCGCUCGGCUCGUCUUCCCGCUCUAUCUAUUUUAUGUCGAGAUGAUAAGUUCGAUUGUCCCAAGAGGGGAAGAGAAGAAGAUGUCCCUACGCACUGAACUCGCCGCGGCCCAAACCUUCUUCAACUCACUGACAGAGUCCUACAAGCACGGUGAUCAUCCAGAGUUGGAAGAAGCAAUCAAAAAACUCAAGAAAAAGCUGGCAAAGCCCGAUGCUGCCAUCAAGUAUCAUGCGCUCCUAUGGAUUUAUUUGGGCGAUUGGAUGGACACUCAGAGGCCUGGAAUUUUCCGAAAGCCGGAGGAUCUGACCGAGCAGGGUGUCCACACGAAGGUCAAAGAACUCUUCAAUAACGUCUUCUAUUACGGCUAUUCGUCCCUUCAUCAAAAAUACUUCCCUACGAUUACGAUACGAAGAAGUCAACAAACCUGA